AUGGUGCGCGUACUAGGUCUGAUGACGGCAGACGGACAGCGGCUCUUCGACGCCAUUCACUCAUCAAGAAAUUUUUUCCUGUUUCGGGAUCACUUCAGGAUGGACGUGGCCGCAUUUGACGCAUUGUUCGAGAUCUGCCAACCGUUCAUCGUCGACACCGUCCGCAACCAACGUGAGGUACUGGCGGUGGCUCUCCACUGGAUUAGAACGGCAUCUACAUGCCGCAUGCAAGAGAAUCCGAGGUAUUCGAGCGAUUUUGCGUGCGAUAAACAGCUCGAUGGAGAUACCUAA